UCUUGCGUAGUUUCCUGUUUUGUUUUUUUCCUGUUUUCGAGUAGCGCUAACGUUGCUAGCUGCAGAGCACCGAAUGAAUGAUUUUCCUUCUUGUUUCAUCAGGGAGCCAGAGGACGCAUGUCGCGGAUCAGGAUCACUCUAGACAGCGUCUCCAAGGCAGUAGGAAGCACGGACAUCAUCUCCAAGUUCUCCCGUUUCAAGCCUGGCAACCCUGUGGUGGAUAGCGACCAUGCUGAAAAGCUUCUGAUGAAAGCCCAGAAGGUCUCAUCGACUCGGCCGGAUGUCUCGCUGCCUACCAAAGCCACCGUAGAAGAUGCAGAUGGUGAAAAAUGUGAAGCAGAAGAUGAGAACAAAGAGCAAGCUGCAGAAAAGCCCUUCAAGAACUCCAAGCCAACUAACAUGGACGAGACCUACAAGACUUUAGACCAGCACAUCAACAGUUACUUUGGCAUGAGUAGUCAAGGGGAGGAAGAGGAACGCAAGCACGACCGUAUCCCAGUUUCAUCUCCAGCUGCAGCGUCCAAGAGCAUCAAUGCACUUGCUGCCACACCUCCAUCAGGAGACCUCAGUCACCCUAAAGCUAAACCUCCAUCAGACUCCCCCUCAACAGAAAGCACAGCUGCAUCCGGUCCAGUUCGACCCAGCUCCCCCAAAAAAGGCUUCACCCACUAUCUGUCCUACCCUCGUCCGAGUGUUCAAGCUUUUGUGGGGAACUACAUCGCUCCGCUGGUUCCCAAAUUCCGAGGAGACGCUAAAAGCGUUGACAAGGUCCCAGUAGUAGAAGCUUCUGUGGAGAAGGCGGCUAGUGAAGAUCCGAAAGCAGAUGAGGCUAAGCAGAAACAACUUUUGGCUCAAAGGGAGAAGAUAAUAGCCAGGGUGAGUGUUGACAACAGGACCCGAUCGCUUGUGAAAGGCCUUCAGAGAGUCAACGACAUCCAGCUCCUCACCAGUCGAGUGGAGGAGCUCAGCAGUCACCUCCUGGAGUUCCCUGAAACGCGAGGCGUGGCCAUCAAGGAAAAAGCUAUCCCAUGCUUGCUGCGAUUACGUCAGGCUGCAGACCUCCAUUUUCAGGCUGCUGUGAGAGAGUCACUGGCUCUGGUCGGUUACACUGAUCCUGUGAAAGGUAGAGGAGUCCGGGUCCUGGCCAUAGAUGGAGGCGGGACAAGAGGACUACUGGCCCUGCAGACCCUCCUCAAACUGGAGAACCUGACGGGAAAACGAGUCCACCAGCUCUUCGACUACAUCUGCGGAGUCAGCACGGGUGCCAUCCUGGCGUUCAUGCUGGGGAUUCUUCAGAUCCCCCUGGAAGAGUGCGAGCAGAUGUACAGGAAGUUGGGCUCGGAUGUCUUCAAGCAGAAUGUCAUCGUCGGGGCCGUCAAGAUGGGCUGGAGCCACGCUUUCUACAACAGUGAAAUCUGGGAGACCAUCCUCAAGGAACGUAUGGGUGAGGGGUGCAUGAUCGAGAGUUCCAGAGAUCCAAACUGUCCCAAAGUGUCAGCGGUGAGCACGCUGGUGAACAGGGGCCUUCCUCUGAAGGCCUUUGUGUUCAGGAACUACAGGCUGAUGCCAGGCGUGAGGUCGCACUACCUAGGAGACUGCAAAUACAAAAUGUGGCAAGCCAUCCGGGCGUCGUCUGCUGCGCCAGGCUACUUCCAGGAAUACGUCCUUGGGAAAGAUCUCCAUCAGGACGGAGGUCUCUUGAUCAACAACCCCACGGCGUUGGCCAUCCACGAGUGCAAAUGUCUCUGGCCCAACACGCCGCUGCAGUGCGUGCUCUCUCUUGGCACCGGACGUCACGAGGUGGCGGGGAAGAACGGCACCACCCACACUAGCCUCAAAGCCAAGCUCACCAACGUCAUCAGCAGCGCCACAGACACAGAAGAAGUGCACACCAUGCUGGACGCCCUCCUACCUCCAGACACCUACUUCCGCUUCAACCCUUACAUGAGCGAAGACGUGCCGCUGAACGAGAGCCGCGUGGACAAGCUGAAUUUCCUGAUGGGCGAGGGCGAACGCUACCUAGAGCGCAACGACGCUAAGCUACGCAAGGCGGCCGGCGUGCUGACUCAGCAGAAAAGCGCUGUCCAGAGACUGUCCGAGUGGGCCAAGCUUAAGGCGGACAUGUACGAGGGCCCCCAUUUCACCUCCAAACUCUAACUAGUCUGGUAAGAAGUUUGUUGAGUAAAGAAAAAAAAAAAAAUUGUUAGUAUGUAGACAGUUUAGUAAUAAAUUGUUUACAUUCUUUCAUAAUUUGAAAAAUGAUUUUAACAUAGCCACUAUUAUGAUUAGAUGUGGAUUUUUUUAUGAAAAUGUAAAUAUUCUUUAAAUAAUGACUUGAAUAUAUUAAGCUACAAAAAUUGCACAAGAUGACGUCAUCACGAUUAGCAUGUAACCAAUAUUUGAGGUGCUGUCUAUUUAAAAACUGCACUUUUAGGCUUUUCCAAUAUUUUGCAGUAUUAGCAAUCAUUUUUGGGGAGUUUGUUUGAUAAUUGAAGAUUUUUACUUCAAUCACAAAUUUUAGCAUCGUUUUAUCAGAAAUGGUACGCCGGUGCGCAUGUACAGUGGAAAUCAUAAAAAUUUCUCGAAUUCAAGUGAG